AAAUCAUAUUCUGCAUUUAUGCUUAGAAGAUACGUAUAUAUAAAAUUCACUUCAUUGGCAAACAACAUACUUCAACGAACGGGUUUGAAAGAAACAGAAAUCAUGGCUAAUAUCAAGUUUUUCACAUUUUUGCUGUGUAUCAUUCUUUGUGUUGAUUUCUUCUGUAAAUUAGCGACAGGAGAAGUUUAUCCUUAUCCAGGCGAUUGCUCAAAAUAUCAGCAUUGUGAUAAUAGUGGUUGUUUUGUUCUAAGUUGUGGCGCAGGGACAGAAUUUAAUCCAAAUAUUGGUACUUGUGAUUAUCCUUUGGCAAAUCGGGGGGAUUGUGGUAAUCGAUAUUAAAAUUUUAGAAUAUUUAUGAAACAGUCAUAAUGUAUACAAUGUAUGUAUAUACAGCAUAAAUUUACCAUAUGAUAUAAAUUUUUGUUUAGAAAUUAUUAUUUUUAAAAUAAUUAUCUUACUUAUAAAAUUAAUUAAUAAAAAUAUAACAUAAAAAUAAAAUUAAAUAAUGUUUCCAUCGAAUGUAUAUCAAAAUACCAUUGAUAAUCAUAAUGUAAAAGUAUAUUCAUACAUAAUUAUGUAAGCAAUAUAUCUAAUAAAUAUGUUAGUUUCAUUUUAA